ACCUUCUCCCAAUGCACCCAAUAUCACGUGUAAGGGUAAGUUCCACCUGUGGUGGGGGGAUAGCGUCAACCGCGACGAGGAAUAUUCCUGCAGGUUGGCUCGCUAGUUAGUUUCGCGGUAGCGUGCAUGUACAUGCGCAGGGGUGUCACUGUAUUGAAACAAAUUCGCUCGUGCAGACACCGAGAGACCCCACAGCCGUUUUCCUCGGGCGCUCGAUACGCGCGCGCGCGAAACGAAUCGACUUCUACCAUAGUAUCGUCACAGUUCUCGUCGAAGACGUUCCGUGAUUUUGCACCCUUGUCGAACUCACAACUAAUCGAACACGAGGGUGUACCUUACCUACUUUCCUUCGUUUUCGUUUCCGUCUUUCUCUUCUCUCCCUUCCAGCUACAACCUUUUAUUUCCUUCUCACCUAUUCCUAUUCGUGCUCGUAUAUGCACCAUUCAUUUUCUAUUCUCAUUGCAGCCCCAUAAAUCCGACACCUUCUCGCACCGCUGGUUACAUUCCUCCUCUUAUGCCAGUUUUCGACGAUUCUCGGGCAAAACAGGCUGCAAUGGCUCGCGAGUGGUGUGCAAAGUGACCAGAAGUAAACUUGUUUUAUUCGUCCCGUUGUAUAUUUCCCUUGGUACCACGUAUCCCGAUUGGAAUUUCCGAGUGCGAUGCGAGUAACCUCGGUGUCGUGUGCGAGCGAUAUCCAGGAGCUGCUGCAGGAUAGGCCAGAUUAGAGGCCUCUGUUUACCCUUCUCUCUCUGCACGCUGUCACUUUCCAUACACCUCUCCUUCUCUCGCUCCCUUCAGUCGAAACGCGUCAUAGCAACACGAUCGUCAUCGACGAAAAAAGAACCUAUAUACACCCUCUGCGACACACAUUCACGCCGAUUCGCCCUUUGACCCUCGACAAACGAACAAAGCGUGGUCCCAUGAGCGUGGAAUGUUCGAUACACAGAACGAUGCGUUCGCUGCGGUCAGGUUCAUGGCGAAUCGACGCCGAGCCCGUUCCCAACUGAGAGAAUCGAAGCGUGGAAGCCUCGCAACGAUGAAAGCUACGAAUUUCGGUAAGCGGUGGACCCAGAGAUUCCAAUGAUACCCUCGCAAGCUGGCCGUGAGGAAUGCAAAGCUUCUCAGAAUCCUCCGAGUAACGGCUCCGAGGACAAUGGCUUCACUAAUCGACCUCGAGUGGCGGGCCUGUACGCGAACCUCUCCAGAGAAGAGCUCGUUCGGUUCUCGGCCGGAGAGGGUGCUCGAUCCAGAGACAUUCUCGACAAGUCGCCCCAGGAGAUAGGCAGCCAGCGAAGUCUGAACCUACCCACGGAGGAAUUCGAGCUCCUCGAUCGCUCUAGAAUCGGAAUAUCGAGAACACCUCAGCCAUCGAGGAGAGGAGAGUUUCGUUACGAGCCUAGGACCACGUUCAACGAGUUCUCGAGACGGGAACAUGGAUCCAGAGACCACCAGGCUCAGGACGAACGCGGCAGGCUCGAGUGUCGCUCCUUUAGAGAGUCCGUCCUCGAGUUUCCGCGCGACCAAGAGGCCUCGUGGCAGGAUGCGACCAGAACCGAUCCCAGAAUAUCCACUAACGAUUACAUCCUGAAGAAAGAUGCAUCUUCCUCUCGAGCUUCAGCCUCUGCCUCCAUCCUGGUCUCCCCCGCGAGCGAGACCAGCGAGUCCUCGCCUCCGGAUGUUGACAAGCCCCCUCAGUACGAGUACGACAACGAAACCCCCUCGCCGAUUUUCCUCAGCUACCCUCUCGCGUCCUAUGCCGAAGAGACGAAACAUAAACAAUCCAGAGGAUCGAUCCUGGACGCCGAACUCGAGUUUACGAUGUACGAGGAUCAGUUGAGACUCCAGGAUAGGUUUAAAGCGGAGUCAGAGAAAGCUUCCGCGUCUCCAGGCUCGACUUCAUUGAGACAGAGAAGACGCAAGGAUGAUCCUGAUGCGGAUAUCGAGACGUCGGAGGGCCCUUCGAGGUCUACGGUCGCAAGGUUGAGACCUCCUCUGAUCGCCACUGCGGGAGCCUCUGCUGAUUCCGGAACAGGCGACAGCGGAAGCGCGGAGAUCCAGGUGGAUCCUCCGGGGACACCUAAGGUGAAUCCUGAGGAGGUUUUGGGGAGGAAGCUGGCCAGCGAGGGGGAAAACGGGGGGAAGGCGGCCAGGACGCCGACUGGACACAAGCAGACGGUGAAGUUGUUCACGAAGGAGAGUCUGGAUAGGUUGGAGAACAGGACUGUCCAGCUGGUGAGGGACUAUGGGUUCCAACCGAAGAGGAGGAUGUCUGUUGAGGAUGGCGCGGUGCUUCCAAAUAAGUUUGAGCCUUUUCCGACUGAGCUGUACGGCAGGCCCCUGGAGGAGAUUGAUAAUUUUAUUUAUGACGAGACGUUUUGCGUGGUGUCGAAGAGGUUCCGUAAGAACUACAUUCACAGAUUCACAGCGACGAACAGCUGGUUCAUAUUUUCUCCAUGGAACCCCAUAAGACGUUACUGUAUUUUUCUGAGCACGAACCAGUACUUCGAUUACGUGGUUAUGGCUACGAUAAUAUUAAAUUGUGCCUUCCUCGCUAUGACGGAGACCAUCGAGGAAGCCGAAUAUAUAUUCCUAGCUAUAUACACAGCCGAAAUGGUAAUAAAAUCCAUAGCUAAGGGAUUCGCCCUGAACAAGUACACUUAUCUGCGAAAUCCAUGGAACUGGUUGGAUUUCGUGGUGAUCACUAGUGGAUACGCUACCAUAGGCAUGGCCGUAGGAAAUUUAGCUGGGCUGAGGACCUUUCGAGUACUGAGAGCCCUCAAGACCGUUUCAAUUAUGCCUGGCUUGAAGACCAUCAUCAACGCAUUGUUACAUAGUUUUAAGCAGCUUGCCGAAGUGAUGACGCUCACGAUCUUUUGUCUUAUGGUUUUCGCGCUUUUCGCCUUGCAAGUUUACAUGGGCGAACUACGAAAUAAAUGUGUAAAAAGUAUAGAAUCUAAUAAUACUCAAGUCGAUUGGAAAGAGUGGACUUGGAAUUCAUCCAACUGGGCAUUCGACGAAGACGAGGAGCCAAUAAUCUGUGGUAACGCAACCGGUGCAAGACACUGCAACGAAAGCUACAUUUGCCUUUGCGUGGGCCCGAAUCCAAACCACGGGUACACAAACUUUGACAAUUUUUUGUGGUCGAUGCUCACCACCUUUCAAUUGAUCACUCUGGAUUACUGGGAAGAUGUCUACAAUAAGGUAUUGUCGGCGUGCGGACCUAUCAGCGUCUCGUUCUUCACGGUGGUCGUGUUUUUUGGCUCGUUUUACUUGAUCAACCUCAUGCUCGCCGUAGUUGCGCUUAGCUACGAGGAGGAAGCUGAAAUUACAAAUGAGGAACGAAGGAAAGAUUUAACCGACCAUCGCGAGGACUCGACGUUUAGUUUCGACCCGACAAGAAUCAAUGUAAAGACUCUUGCUAAAGAGAAACAGAAGAAAUUGGAUGCGAGGAAAGGUGUCCUUCUGAGUAGUUACACGCGCAAGAAGGUACGCAGAAGAAGACGUGGAAGAAGUAAUGCUGGUUCCAGUAUACCUGGCCAAGACAAGACUGGAUCUGUACAGAGCAGAUCCGUGACGCCGAGCCCGAGUCCCAGCCCAAGGCAUUCCAGUGUUCGACCAUCUCAUCUACUCCUGCACAAUGUCAAUCCUCAAGCAGCGGAGAACAACACUGUCCACAGACUAGCGCCCAAUCGCGGAAUGCUCCACUCCAGGCAGGCAAGUAACAACAGUAAUCAACAAUCGUCGUUAGACGACUCCGGAGUGGUGGACGACCACGACGGUGACGAUGUCGCAAGCGUGGAUGAGCACGACAAGCAGGAUAACAAAGAAUCGAAGACGGAUUGGCAGGAGAAUUCGUUCGCUAACAACAACACGGAUAUUGUUGUCGACCCUAGUACCAAAGGCUCGGGAAGGACUGACGUAGAUGCCGAAGGUGAAAUGGGCAGUGGACGAGAAAAAUCAAUAGCCACGCGUUCUGGAUACAUUCGAGCGCCCAUCAACGUUCCUGCUUCCCUUGGCGCUGGGACCACUCGGGAAAUUAGGGUGUUCAAGUGCAACGGUGUCAAAACGAAGAAACAAAUGUACACCUUACCGCCAGAAUAUUUAUCGCACAUUGUUAUUUUAGAUGAUCUUCCAGACAGAAACUGCGAAAAGUGCAUGCAAUGCUGCGUAGACUACGAAGGCUGGCUACGCUUUCAGAAUUCUCUAUACAAGGUAGUGAGAGAUCCGCUAUUUGAAUUGACAAUCACACUGUGCAUCGUCCUGAACACUGGCUUCCUGGCGAUGGAGCACCACGGGAUGAGCGAGCCCAUACGCCAGGCGCUCAACAUCGGCAACAAGGUGUUCACCAGUAUCUUCACCUUCGAGUGCUUGCUGAAAUUAUUAGCCUUGAGCAAAGACUUCUUCGCAAACGGUUGGAACAAUUUCGAUUUGAUAAUAGUAUCAGCGUCCCUGAUAGAUCUCGCCUUCGAACUGGUGGACGGUCUCUCCGUGAUACGCGGUUUAAGGCUCCUGCGAGUGUUGAAACUGGCGCAGUCCUGGACGACGAUGAAGGUCCUUCUCAGCAUUAUCAUUUCUACGAUAGGCGCCCUUGGUAACCUCACCUUGGUAUUGGUGAUCGUAAUUUACAUAUUCGCCGUGAUCGGCAUGCAGUUGUUCAGCAAAGACUACACUUUGGACAAGUUUUAUCCAGAUCCUGUACCUCGAUGGAACUUCAACGAUUUCUUUCACUCGUUCAUGAUGAUAUUUCGCAUACUGUGCGGCGAGUGGAUCGAGCCGCUGUGGGACUGUAUGAGAGCCGAGAAAGAGGACGGAUUCGGUGCUUGCUUCGCCAUAUUUCUACCAGCUUUGGUGAUGGGCAAUUUCAUGGUCCUGAAUCUCUUUCUCGCGUUGUUGCUCAACAGUUUCAAUUCCGAGGAAUUGAAGCAGAAGAAAGAGGAGGUUGGCGAAGACUCGAAACUCGCGAGGUCGUUCGACCGUAUUCGCUCGAUUAUGCGGAAGAACAAGUGCUCGCGGAUGGCCCAAGGCGCGAUAAAGGCGAAAGGACGGGAUCCUCAGUUGGAGAAGGUGGUUCGACGGAUAAUAGACAGGUCGGACAACGAGACCACGUACGCCAUUCAAGAGACCGUGCUCACUCUUCCGAAAGACAACGUUUACAAUAGAUCCUAUCAAGAAAGUUUGAAUCAACCCGUGUUUUCUUACGAUCCUACGUACGCUCAGUCCCAGUUGAAGGACGACGAAACCGACGAAAGCAAUUCCAUCAUCGACAAGCAGUCCGAGUCCCAAGAAAGCAAUCCAGAGGAAUGCCAGGAUCUCGAAGUGACCAAGUACUCGUCUCUAAGCAAAGCGCCUGUGGAGGAGAGGACUGCGAUGUUGCAUCAGGAGGACCCCUUUCUCAAACCUGAGGAACGUGUACCGAAACGACCGUGGCACGCGCUUGUUAGCUACGUCGAUGAACUCACCGUUGGCGGUAGAAGAGACUGCAAAGGGAAGUACCUAGAUGGGUUGGGAUCAUUCCCGGGUUUUGGAAGGUCCAAUCGACGGAAGGAACCUCAAGACUGUUUUCCACGGCAGUGCUAUCAAAAAUGUAGCUGCAUCGACAAAUGCGUCGCAACGGCCAUCGGCAAAAAAUGGAUAAAACUUCGCACAGUGGUUCUCUCUGUCGUUGACACACCCGGAUUCGAAUGGAUGAUUUUAAUAUUAAUUUUCGCAUCUUCCAUAACGCUCUGUUUCGAAGAUAUAUACCUAGAUGACAAUCCCUUUUUGAAGAGAAUUCUCUAUUGGACCAAUCUUGGCUUCUGCGCGCUUUUCAGUAUUGAGAUGCUACUUAAGUGGUUAGCUCUGGGUUUCUGCAAAUAUUUCACAAGUUUUUGGACAAUCUUGGAUUUUAUAAUCGUUUUCGUAUCGACAUUUAGCCUGUUGAUAGAAGAGAACGAGAACCUGAAAGUGUUGAGGUCGCUGAGGACUCUGCGAGCACUGAGACCACUGAGAGCCAUAUCCCGAUGGCAAGGCAUGAGGAUCGUAGUGAACGCGUUGAUGUAUGCGAUACCCAGUAUAUUCAACGUGCUCCUCGUCUGUCUCGUGUUCUGGCUGAUAUUUUCUAUUAUGGGUGUACAAUUUUUCGGCGGCAAGUUUUUCAAAUGUAUCGAUGAGAACGGAGAAUUGUUAGAUAUAUCGGUUAUAAACACGAAGGACGAUUGCUUAAGGACGAACUACUCAUGGGAGAACAGUAAAAUAACGUUCGAUCACGUUGGGAUCGCUUACCUGGCUCUGUUUCAAGUAGCCACCUUCGAAGGCUGGAUGGAAGUGAUGCAGGACGCCGUUGACGCUAGAGGCGUUGACCUGCAACCUCAGAGAGAGGCAAACAUUUAUGCGUAUUUCUACUUUGUGAUAUUCAUUGUCUGCGGCUCAUUUUUUACACUGAACCUCUUUAUCGGAGUUAUUAUAGACAACUUUAACAUGCUGAAGAAAAAGUACGAAGGUGGAGUGUUAGAAAUGUUUUUGACCGAAAGUCAAAAGCACUACUACACUGCCAUGAAAAAACUCGGCCGUAAAAAGCCUCAAAAGGUGAUAAAGCGUCCGAUGAAUCAGAUACUCGCAAUGUUUUACGACCUAUCGAAUUCGCGCAGAUUCGAAAUAGCAAUUUUCAUUUUGAUAUUUCUCAACAUGCUGACUAUGGGAAUCGAGCAUUACGAUCAGCCCCAUCCGAUUUUCUUCGUCCUCGAAGUGUCCAAUGCGUUUUUCACCACUGUUUUUGGAUUAGAAGCGAUCGUCAAGAUAAUAGGACUCCGUUAUCAUUAUUUCACGGUGCCCUGGAAUUUGUUCGACUUCCUCCUAGUGCUGGCUUCAAUUCUAGGAAUAUUAAUGGAGGACAUUAUGGUAGACUUCCCAGUGUCCCCGACGCUCCUGCGAGUAGUGAGAGUGUUCAGAAUCGGUAGAAUCUUAAGGCUAAUCAAAGCUGCUAAAGGUAUUCGCAAACUGCUCUUCGCUCUGGUAGUCAGUCUUCCAGCGCUGUUCAACAUCGGCGCACUUUUAGCCCUGAUUACUUUUAUUUACGCCAUCAUCGGCAUGUCGAUCUUUGGCCACGUUAGAAAACAAGGCGCGCUUGACGACAUGGUAAAUUUUGAGACUUUUGGUAGAAGCAUGCAAUUACUAUUUCGAUUAAUGACAUCAGCUGGUUGGAACGAUGUUUUGGAAUCGCUGAUGGUACAACCGCCGGACUGUGACCCGACCCCCACCUCCCGGCAGUUGAACGGAAAUUGCGGAUAUCCCCUCCUGGCAAUAACAUAUUUUACUUCCUUCAUCAUAAUCAGUUAUAUGAUCGUUAUCAACAUGUACAUCGCCAUUAUCCUCGAGAACUUUAAUCAGGCUCAUCAAGAGGAGGAGAUCGGUAUCGUCGAAGACGAUUUAGAAAUGUUCUACAUACGGUGGUCCAAGUACGACCCACAUGCGACACAAUUUAUAAAUUUCUCGCAGUUGAGCGAUUUCAUAGCAAGCCUAGACCCACCCUUAGGAAUAUCGAAGCCAAACAUGGUGGCGUUGGUUAGCUUCAAUCUUCCUAUCGCGAAGGGUAAUAAGAUUCAUUGUCUGGACAUUCUCCACUCACUUGUCAAGCACGUUCUCGGACACGUCGAGGAGUCCGAGGACUUCCGAAAGUUACAGGAACAGAUGGACAUUAAGUUUAAGAAACAGUUCCCGACGCGCAAGGAACUCGAGAUCGUUUCAUCGACGAGGAUGUGGAAGCGUCAGGACAAAGCAGCUAGAUUGAUUCAACGCACUAUCAGAGAAUAUAUAACAGCGAGAAAGGAACGCGAAAGAAUGGCCCAGGAAGUGGAUUCGCAGACGCAGACGUCGAGUCCUGGGGGCGGAAACGAGGGUAGAGGCGGCGGUGGCUGGAGUGGCAAAGUAUCGGCCUUUCUACACGUGCAUAGAGGUAGUCGAGCGAGUAGUCGCAAGUCCUCGAGGGCCAGCGACGCCAGUGAUUUCAGCGAACUUGGUGCCGCGUCGGCAUGGCUUUUUCCAAAUUUGCCUUUGCUGUUGCUCCCCGGCGCCACCGGUACUCAUGAGGACCUGCUUCCUCCUGCUCUAACCAUAUCACGCCCCUCGCCGACCACGGAACAACAGUCGUUUGCCGGCUCCGCCGUUGCGAGCCCCACUUCCUCCGAUGUACACAACAGACUCGCGAUUCGCAGAUCAAUCGCAGGGCCGACUCUCGGCAGACAGGACGCGGUUGAGAGUUACCCCGACGAGGAAGUCCCCAGUCUUCCCACAAAGCGCAGAUCACUUCCACUGAGCGCCACAACGCUCUCCCUCAAUACCUUGCAUCGCGACAUCAAAGAAGCGUUCAGUAGACGUUGCGGUAGCCUUCGAAAGAAACAUCAACCGACGCCCGAACAUCAAGCACCGCUGCCAAUCGAAUCUACCGACGUAAGCAUACUCGUCACAGAACCUAGCCCGGAGAAUUCAGCGCCGCCGUCGAGGCCUGCGAUCCUUAGACGACAAUCUACCGCCACAGUCGUUCAUGUUGUUGUGCACCGCGAGAGCGAGGAGUACCAAGAGACGCAAACCGACGACACCAGUUGAUCUUAAAUUGUUGUGCUCGAUACAUCCUCCGUAACAAUUUUAACCAAUAGGCCGAUAAACUUUCGGGAGCCUUUCGUUAUUAUCACGUUACAGAGACCUCGUUAUCUUUACCGGUUCUUUCUCCUCUACCUCUUUGUUUCAAGGUACUCCCUUGUCGUCACCCAAACGCUCUUACCGUUUUCAUUACGCUUCGGAAACUUUGACUAAAUUGUACCGUACGAUCGCGAUGAUUUGUUGAAUUCGAUCCGAAUAAUGCACCCGUUCCGUUCGAGAAAGUAAUAUUCUUCGACUCGAUUCUAGAAAUUAGCGUUAUAUUCUACUCUUAUCAUUAGUACGUCUAUUGUUCUCGAUGAGCUUCGAUCAUUUUACUACGCGGUAGUUUAGUUUAAAGUUAAAUAGAUAUUGAGAUCAAAUGUAUGACAUGAGUACCAUGUGUACAUGAUUGUUACACUGCGGAGCAUAACUAUACGUAACUAUACAUAUUGUGACUUUGAGUUGGCGUUAAAUAGUAUAGAUUGAACCUGGCAGGAUCGUCGAGAUUAAAUUUGUUUCGUAUCAAAAUAUAACGUAGAUUAAGAUUAUUGUUGAAUUACUCGAAGUUUUAUUAUUCUCUAAUUGUACUUGUACGAUCGUACACGAUACGCGAAGAGUAUGACGAAGAGACCAAGGUUUUCCUUGAAUCGUCGCUCUUAUUUAUUGAUCAACCCUUUGCACUCGAGAGGUGACUCUCGCCAUUAGGUUUCACAGAGCAAAUCUACAGUACCCAAAGUUCUUAGGUUCGAUUUCUUUGGCGGUGACCUUGUUCUAAAAUCUCGAUAGCUUAGAACUCACAGCAAUAGAAUGUUAAGAAGGAUCUCGAGUUGCUGGUAGAUACAAGAGAAAAAAGGCCUCGAGUGCAAAGGAUUGAUACAAAACUCCUUAGAACUCACGGCAAUAGAAUGUUAAGAGCGUCUCUCUAAGAAGCAUCUCGAGUUGCUGGCAGAUACCAGAGAAAAAAGGCCUCGAGUGCAAAGGAUUGAUACAAAACUCCUUAGAACUCACGGCAAUAGAAUGUUAAGAGCAUCUCUCUAAGAAGCAUCUCGAGUUGCUGGUAGAUACCAGAGAAAAAAGGCCUCGAGUGCAAAGGGUUGAUACAAAACUCCUUAUUUAUCGUAUCCUCGUACCGUUUACCUUUUUCCAUUCCUCCUUAAAAGUCAAAAAUGUAGAUGCUGCUAUGCUCCACAGUGUACUCGCUCGAAUAUUACUCGAAAUUCGCAUUCUUACAUCA